UUGAAAACCCCUUUAUAACUUUUUAAGAGCUAGCUUCCCUUGUCCAUUCAGCAAAGUUACAGUACUGAACAUCUGGGAGUUAUUUCGGGUAUAGUGUAAUGGAGGCUGGUACGAGAGAUGAAUUAUCCAUGGCAUUACCACUCAUGCAUGAAGAGGAGCAUAGCAGAGUGCUUGAAUUCAAGCUGCAAGGGAAUGACGCUGAAAACACCUCUUUUUACAAAACUUGUUUCAACGGAUUAAAUGCUCUAUCAGGAGUUGGAAUAUUGUCACUUCCUUAUGCGCUGUCAUCAGGAGGAUGGUUAAGCUUAAUACUUUUUCUGCUUAUAGCUUUGGCCGCUUUUUACUCAGGCUUACUGAUUCAAAAAUGUAUGGAUCUGGAAUCUGAAAUCAGAACUUAUCCAGAUAUAGGGGAGCGUUCGUUUGGAAACAAAGGAAGAAUAUUGGUGUCCAUUGUCAUGUACGUAGAGCUUUACUUGGUAGCAAUAGGGUUUCUGAUUCUAGAGGGUGAUAACUUGCAUAUUCUAUUUCCAAAUGUUGGAUUCCAAAUGGCGGGGGUAUCAAUUGGUGGAGAGCAAUGCUUUGUAAUAAUUGUGGCCCUUAUCAUUCUGCCAUCUGUUUGGAUAGAUAACCUGAGUCUCUUGUCUUAUGUAUCGGCCAGUGGAGUUUUAGCCUCGGCCAUCAUCCUCGGCUCCAUUAUAUGGACUGGUGCAUUUGGUGGAGUUGGAUUUCAUCAAAAAGGAAGGUUGAUCAACUGGAAUGGCAUCCCUUCUGCUGUUAGCUUGUACGCUUUCUGUUAUUGUACCCAUCCAGUUUUCCCUACCCUCUACACUUCGAUGGAAAACAGAAGACAGUUUUCUAAUGUUAUGAUUGUCUGUUUCACCAUCUGUACCAUUACUUAUACAUCAAUGGCAGUUUUUGGGUACUCAAUGUUUGGGUCAGAGGUUCAAUCACAGAUAACCUUGAACCUCCCAAUCGGUAAAUUUAGCUCAAAAGUGGCAAUAUACACCACCUUGGUCAAUCCAAUAGCCAAAUAUGCUUUGAUGGUAAAACCAAUUGUUGAUUCUGCCAAGAAUUCAUUUCCGGUUGACGUCAAUAAGAGAGUUUUUGGUAGAUUAAUCGGUACCAUGUUACUAAUCAGCACGGUCACAGUUGCUCUGGCUGUACCCUUUUUUGCAGAUCUAAUGUCGCUUGUUGGAGCAUUUUUUGGCAUCACAGCUUCGAUCAUAGUUCCAUGCUUAUGCUACCUGAAGCUUUCUGGUGCUUACAAGAGAUUUGGAUGCGAAACGGUUGUUGUAGUGGCUAUAAUCUUAAUGGGUUUUGCAGUUCUUGUAUUAGGUACUUACACAUCUCUGUUGGAAAUAAUAGGGAAAUUGAAAAUGUAAAGGGCUUCUCCUUUUGUCGGUACUUAGUACUUGCAUAUAUCUGUUAAGAGUGUUGUUUUAUUAAGUUUUAUUUUCUGGAUCGCUUAUGAAUUAAUGAACCCAUCUUCCUAAUAAGCUAAA